CGUCUGAUUGCAUAUGCGUUCAUCGUUUUCGACUUGAGUGAUCGAUGACCGUCUCACAUCACGAGCAAAGCACACAUCUUUCAUCGCUCCUAUAAAGCUCGUCCGAGAAGCACGUCAAUGCAUCAAUCAGCCACACAGCCAAUGUGUGCUCGGCCCAUCUACCCCAGCUUCGCCUUGGCAAUCGACCACACAAGCGUGCCAAAUAUGGCGAUGACAGAGCCUAUCGCACCCAGGGGCGUGAUGGGGUUGCGGAACACUAUCACGGUCGUCACUAUCACCACCACACGCUUCAGCGUGUUGGCCACGGCGUGCGUCAAGGCAUGUAUACUGAUCAAUGAACAAGCGCGCACACCAGACAGCCACGGACACACGUGAGGAUGUGCUUGUGGUUAUCCCCACACGGACACGUGUUUAUGUGUACCUACCGACUAAGGGCGAUGAAAGCGGUCUCGUUGUAAAGGUAGAAGAACAGGCCGGACCGUGCGGCUGACCAGAUGACGGUGUCCCAGCCGUAUUCCCGCACACCCUCGGCCCACGCGCCCUCUGGACUUGUCAGCUCGUGGUAGUCCACCACAAGCGCUAUGGGCAGCGACAGGAACUGAACCAACAUGGCACAUGAGACGAAACGACCCAUCUGUGGCUCCAUCACAAGUGAAUGUUUUGCUGACCGUGCUGACGAUUGUGAGCAGAGAGAAUAUGUUCCCAGGUGUCAUAUUCUCCCCCAGAGCCUUCUUGUCCGACAUCACACGCUUAGCAUACACGCCUGAACCACCACCCAUUGCCACACACAAACACACGGAUGCAUCCCUACCGCCCCUGUCAGGCUGUGUCAGUCGUCCUUUGCUCACUCCUGAGAGCCGAGAAGAGGGCCGAGAAGAUGGCGCCCCACAGGCCGAUCCACGUGAAUGAGAGCUCCUUCAGGGCGGCCAAUGCCACACCGAAGAUGAUGGGAAGCAGGAACAGAUACGUCCAGAUCGAGAACGUCUGCUUCAGCAGAACCAUCGACAGUAGAGCGGUGAAGACGGGCUCGUUGGCCUUGACCACGUGGGUGAAACUCACGGCACCUGCCGCUGCACGGACACACAGACAGACAGACAGACACACAUUGCGAGUGUGAAGAGCUCGAUCGCCUGCUUCUUUCUGGCCUCUCUCUACGUACCGAAUGAGAGCUGUCCGGUGACGUGGUUGCCAAUGUGCAUGAGGGCCUGGGGCACAAUGGCCACCCAGAAGACCUCCCAGGACAUGAGCCUCGGCAGCUUGCGGAUGCCCGUGCCCCACAGCGUGACGAACCACACCCAGCUGACCAGCAUCUGGAUGGCCGACACUGUACACGGCAGACUCACCUGAAUGCAACGAGGGACAACGAACCAGCCACCCACGGCAUUCAGUUGAGUGAUUCAUGAGUCAUCGACUCACCCAUCAGCACUCACCAUGUUGAGUGUCCUCUUGUUCUCGACGUUGGCAAUAGUGUUGAAGAAAUACCAGCCGCAUAUCAACAGUGCGGUGUAUGCGGUCGACAGCCAUCCGGUGGUUGUGUCAAUUCCCGCCCUCCCCUUGUUGGACAGAAGCAGGAUGUUCGUCUGCGAUGCCGAUGCGGGCGGGAGAUCCGCAGUGACGUCAUCGCGAGUGCCUGCUCCGCCGAAAGUCCAGUAGAUCUGAGCUGUGUCCUGCCUGCCGACCCUCGCCUGCCUUCCUCCUUGUCCUCCGCCUUGCUUCAGCGGAGUGGCCUCACUCGGCUGCGGUCCUCCACCCUCCGCCGACAUGCUCAUUCACAGUGAAUGUGGCACGACGUACUACGUUGACAGACCAAGGCCAGAUUUGGGGAGGAAG